UCAGGAGCUGUCAUGGCCACUCUGAGCGUGAAGCCAGGCCAGAGGUUCACACUCCCGGACUGGUACACCAACUGCGACCUCCUCUCGACCAACGCAGAGAGGCAGCGGUCCGCGUCCCACCAGAUCAGGCAGGAGGCUCGGUUUCUUCGCAAUGAAACCAACAACCAGACAAGAUGGGAUGAACAUGACAACCGCACACGUCUUAACGAACGGAUUGACUGUGUCAAUCAGUGGAAGGAGGCCCUGGACAAAUGCCUUACGGACCUUGAUGUUGAAAUCAAUGCCUUGACCCAAAUGAAGGAGGCAGCGGAGCAUGCCCUGCAGGCAAAGAACUUGCCGUUGGAUGUGGCCAUCGAAUGCCUCACCCUACGAGAGAGCCGUCGAGACGUCGACGUCGUGAAGGACCCAGCUGAGGACGAGCUGCACAAAGAGGUGGGGGUGAUUGAUGCGGCCAAGAGGGACCUCCAACAGAAAGUGAGCGAGGCCUUUGAGCAGCUCUGCCUCUUGCAGGAAGCCCGCCACCAGCUUAACUUUGACCAUCGGGGGAAAAUGGAGGCCCUGGAGAUCGACCGGACUUGCGUGUCACUCAACGUCAACUCGCCCAACAUCUCGUACAAAGUCAACCCUACUCGAGUGCCAGUUGGAUCUAUCACUCCAGAACAGUGGGACCAAUAUAGCCAUUACAACAAGGACCGAGCUGAGGCAGAAAUGAAAGCAGCCGUGGAGCUGAGGGAAGCAAUAGCGCUCACUAUUGCCCAGACAGACAAUGAGCUAGAAGCUCAGCGCGUGGCAUCGGAAUUUGCCUUCCGGAAGAGAAUUCACGAAUUGGAAAGAGCCCUGGAUGAACUGAGGUGGCAGGAAAAAAAUACCCUCGAAGAAAUUGCUGAGAUGGAGGAGGACAUCAGGCGCCUGGAGGAAGAUAUCCGAAGGAAGAUGUGGAACCUGAAGCUAGCUCACACCCGCUUGGAGACCAGGACUUACCGGCCCCAUAUGGAGCUGUGCCGUGACCAGGCUCAGCAUGGAUUGACCGAUGAAGUUCAUCAACUGGAAGGAACAAUUGCAGCUUUGAAGCAGAAGCUGGCACAAUCUCAGGAUGCUUUGGAUGCUCUGUACAAACACUUGUACCGCAUCCAGGCAGACAUUACCUACAAAACCAACUCCCUGAUGCUCGAUAACAAAUGCAUGGACUCCAGACGGAAGCUGACGGUCCCUGCUGAGAAAUUUGUGCCGGAGGUGGACACGUUCAACCGGACCACUAACCGCACCCUCUCGCCCCUCAAGAGCCGGCAGCUGGAGCUGGCGUAGUAUACUGGGCUCAAUGUGUGAUCCCUGAAAGAAUGCUGAAGAGAGAAUUGGU